UUGCCUCUCGUACAUUCUCGGACGGGUAGCGAGUUUGGUGAGAGCAGUUGCAGCUAGUGUUGUGUGUGUGCGGGAAGGAUAUUUCGUUGUUUCUCCUCGCCGAUUGCCCUGUUGUUUCCGAGGUCCGGCGAGCCGCUGGCGGGGCGCCCGUGUUUCCUCGAGCUUUCCGGCAGAGCUGGCCCGGAAAAGGACGCGGCCGACAUGGUGUACGAGGUGACGCGGCUGCGGCCCAGCUGACCCAGCAUGACCGGGCCGCGCUCCUGCCUGCAGCCCGACGGCUGCCAGCCGGAGAGAGAGCCUAUAAAGUUUGACGUGCACCUACGAGGAGCUCCUGAGGAGGUGGUGCGUCUCGUCAAGAACAUCCAAGAUGUGGCCGAGCAGUUCCUGUACCACUGGAAGACGUUCCCCAUCGUGCUGCCGCCGCCGGUGGCGAGCGCGGGCGAGCUGGGCGCCGCCGCCGCCGCCGCGGCCUCUGGGGCCGGCGAGCAGCCACCGGCGCCGCCGCCGGCGCCGGCGCCGCCCCCGGCCGACGGGUCGGUGUCGCUGCCUCGGCGGCCGCACCGCGGCGCCGGCGCCGGCGCGCACCUCAACCUGCGCGACCUGUUCGUGGCGCCCGCCUUCGACGAGCUGGACGCCGUCGCCGUGGACGCGAGGGGCGAGCCACGCCGCCUCAGCGGCAAGCAGCUCGAGGCCGUCCGCGAGCGCGGCUUGCACAAGGAUAAAUAUGGAAAGCCGAAGAAACUCAACACACUUCAGUUGGAAAGUAUUCGCCGACGGGGGGAAUUUGAAGUGGACAGCAUAAAUUUCCCCGGACAGGUACACCAGUGGCGGCUGAGCCAGCUGCUACAGAAGGGCACGGAACGCACUCAGGAGGACCUGCUCGCCGACCUCGCGCUCUCCCUGCGCUUCCUCGUCAUCACGGCCCGUGGCCGCCUCACCUCUCACUUCCUCUCACUCGCCAAUGCUCUGCACGCCUUGCUCGAUGGCUUGCUGAAGCUCCUCGAUAUUGUGAUUGGCGUCCCUUCUCUACAGGCGCAUAACAUCGAGGCCAAAAUUAGAGAGGAGCGCUGUCGGUAUCUCGUUGCGGAACUCGUCUGUCGGAGUGAAUUUGAAGAUUCCCUCGAAUUAUUGUGCGGAUUUGUGCGGCGGCAGCUUCGUCGUGCAGCUACAGAGAAAUUUGAAGUUUUGAGGGAAGCAUCUCGAACACCUGUUCCGAUCCCUUACUUAUUUCUUACACCAAAGGACUUCGAAUUGGAUCUGAGACUUUUCAAUCGAGAUAUAAUGAAGAAAGCUCUCCCUUUUCUGGUAGCAAUUCUGGAACGAGAGACUAGAGGGUGGUUUCUGCAUUUCAGAGAAAGACUAAUCUCUGAGCUGAGAUCAAAGAAAUUGCCGGAUGAAGAAAUUGAGAAAGAAGUGAAUGCAGCUGUCAUGAGAGAGUAUUUGCAGAGGGUGUACUCGAGCAUCCUGACUCACUCCGGUCUGCAAGCCCUGGGGGAGGGCAUUCCCCAGCUGCUGGUCCAGCAAGCUCAGUCAGUUGUUCUGAUGCACAGGGCAGUGGAGAAUGUUCAGCAGAAGUUAGCAAAAACAAAAGAAUCUCUUCGGCAUCGAAUAGAAACUAUGUAUCCAGUAAUGUCACGUAUUCAGCCUUGGAUGAGAGAAAAGCUACGGAAUGCAGAGGCUCAUUUCAUUGAAGAAUGCCAGUGGAGUGCACACGAGGAAGCACUGGCCCUCUGCAGCCAGCAAAAUCUCCACCAGACUGUGUACUUCCUCAACAGAGACUUGAGCUUCAUGUGUGAUAGAGAGCCAGUUUUGCAGAAAGAACUCAGGAAAGUGAAGACACCUACACGAAGUUUCCAGUGGCUAACUCAGAUAUGGUUUCCAAGUAAUUGGGUGGUAAGGAGGUUAUUCCAAGGCCAGUCAGAGGUAAUACCAACUGUACAGUGUGCAACUGCCACUUCCAUUACGACGCCACGCUCGGACCCCAGCCAGCCUGUAUACCUAGUCGAGAAAGAAGUGGUGCGAACGACCAGCACUAGAUGGCCUCUCUGGCGAUGGACUAAUUACUGCCACAGAACUUGGUCCUGGACUUGGAAUGCCAUGUUCUUUUUUGGUGUUGUCGUUCCUUGGUGUAGUCCUGUAGGAUUAAGAGCACUUUUCUGUACAGAGCCAUUUAUGCCCGAUUUGGAACUUUCCCAAGUGAACGGAACACUUUUUCCCCGAAAAUCUUCAAUUACUCCCACUUUGUGUUCGCGUUUAUUAGCUCUGUGGAGGCACAUAUCUAAGUCUAGAACACACUUUGAAACUGAGCCAGACACAGGGUUCAUCGGGAAAGGAUUUACAAGACAUGUAAAUCGCUUAUGGAACUAUCUCGUGAAAGGAUUACUGGGAACACUAGCCACCAUUUUAAUAUUUCCAGUUAUAUGUCUGUCUAUUAGCCUCUGCAGUUUAACAAUUGCUGCUACAGCCUUUAUUUGGAUGCCAAUUGUUACACUGUGCUUACACAUAUUUAUGGUAUUAGUGUAUGACAUGGACAGCCCCGACAAAAGCAGAAAUCAGUACUUCAUUAUCCUGGAGGCUGUGCUGUGGAACAUAGGUAUCCAGGGCUGCUUCCAGCCUGCACUGGCUCUGUUUGUAGCCUGUGUUGUGUGUCCUCUCAUCUCACUAACAAUUCUUACAGUGGGCAUUUUGCGAUAUUGGUUACGUCUGGUCUGGGACUCCGCUGUCUUCCAUUUACUAAUCAAGAAACGUGGUAGAAUUCCUGCCAGCAACAGCUUUGUUGUAAAGAGAGUUGCUGGUCCUGGUUUGAAUUCCAAUUAUUUUUAUCAGAUCAAGCCCGAGCAAGCUUUGGCAGCAUUUGAAGCAAAGCUGGAAUUGGAUGAAUUGGCUGCAUUUCAACAUGAGAUGGAGCAGCUGAUUCGACAGCCUAUGAGAGAAUUUAGCCAAUUUGUGGAAGCUUGUUUUGGACCAUUCUCUGCACAGCUUGCUAAAGUUGGUCCAUAUCUUGCUUUAGAGAAAGAAGUCCAGGAUUUAAUCACUGCAUUACAUGAAAAGCUGGAAAGGCGGCGAAGGGAUCUGCAAACUGGCCUCAGUGUAGGAAUGCGCAGUAAAAUAAAACUUACAACAGUAGAUCUCAAGAUCGCUAUCCAGCAAGCAGCUCUCAUGUUAGAAAGGUUUUAUCCGAGCCACGUGCUGCGGCGGAUACCUAACACUGAAGAGGAGUUCUGGGAAGGGCGAGGUCUUACAGCGGGUGACUGGGCUGGCUUAGCCGGCUGUAUGUAUACGGAUAUCUUCAGUCUCGACUUUCUGACACCGCUCGACGAUUCCGACACUAAGUUUCGCUUAGAGGCCCAUCAGUCAGUAGACUUGUCACGCUACACGGACAUGAUCAGAAGUGUAGAACUAGGUACAGGAGCACCUGAUCUAUUAGGACCAGUUUAUGCACCACGUGGAAAUAUCCAGGUACACUCUCCGUACCUGGAAGUGUCUGCCUUCAAUCCUCGCAGCAGGACAUCGGUCACUGGCCGCAAGCAAGAAAGGCGAACAGGGGAUUCUUCCACAGACACACAAGCAAAUCACGCCAGGCGUAGGAGACACACACUGUCCACAUCUGACCCUUCUUCAACUCUGUGGCAGCCGUGGAAGCGCAAAUGUCGGCCGUUUAGUGCAGAGAAACUGUCGAUACCUCUACCGGUUCCUCACCCGGUACAUAUUGCUAUCACCAUUCACAACCGUGACAGUGAAGACCCCGUACCCCUCGAUUCCGAACUCUGCCAGAACAUUUUACGGGCGGUCGAGGAAGCGCACAGUGAUCCUGCAGCGGCAGCGGAGGAAGAUGCUUCAAAUGUGGCCAGGUUCCGCGGCGGGAAUGGCGACGGCACAGAUUCGACCGGAGGCUCCAGGAGCUCUGUUGGGGAGGUUGCCGGAGCCUACAGCUGGCGCAGCUCAGACUGGAGCGCCAGGCGGAGGAACGACUCGGGCUCCGUCAGGGUGGACCUUGCCUCUCCGGAAGAUGUCACUUUGGACACCGACACGUCCAGAGUCACAUUUAGCACAUACGGAACGACAGUUUAAAUGUUUUGGUUUGUUACUGAAAUGUUUCGUCGAGAGACAAUUUUGCUGUCGAUGUCAGUUAAGAAAUCUCAUUUGUCUAGCUACUCUUAGACUUCAGUUUCUAUAUGCUUCCUCUGUGCCAUUGUUCUGAGUAUGUUUCCGUUUUUGUGCUGUAGGGGCAACAGUUGAUUGCAAAAUUACUUGACAAUGCUUAAAAAUGAUUUUUAAAAUGGCAGUUUCUGUAAAAUUCAGAUACAAACCAGCUCACAUUUUAUGAAUUUAUGACAUUAUAUUACAGCACUCGCAUCAGUAGUUGGUCUGAGGAGAAAUAUUUGCCUGAUAACAUUGUCAAAAGGUCACUAGAGACUUUUAAAGCAAACAAUUAAAUGAUCAUGCCCAUAUCGUUAAUUCACAGAUUAAAAUGUGAAGUUAAAAACCUGUAAAUAACAGGACAUAUAAGCUCCUUGCCAAGAAUGAAUUGACUUAGCAGUUUGAUGUACAAAUCCAUUCCCCGUCUGAAAUAAACCAAAUAAAUCCAAUUUCUUUCUUACGGAUAUAUCUAACUCAUUUGGAUUUACAAAAAAUAUAUUUGCUUUGCUCAUACUGUUUCUGUUAAACAGAUAACGAAAAGAAAGAAAAAAAGGAAAUUGUAUGGACAUGUGAAGCUCAGAAUUGUGAAUGCUAUCUUUAAAUAAUAUCAUUUGCAGACAUUUUCUGCAAUCAGAAACAUAAUGUUUAUUCUUCAGUGUGCGAAACAGUAACAGUCGAUGCAAAUUAUAAACAGUCAGUGUAAAUUACACAGGAUCAGUGUUGGUAAAUGUUCAAACUGUGGUGUAAUUAUCCUACAAUAUACAUAUAUAUGCUCAAGUUUUAUUUUUAAUAAACCAUAAAUAGUUCUGUCACAAGUGAGAGCUUACAAUAAAGUCACCAGAAAUGCCACUGAAAACAUUUCCCACUUACUUUAUGUAAUGUACAACAGAUUUUAUUAGAAAACAGAGUUUAUUGCUUUUAAUGUCAUUCUAGUCAGUUUUAAUCUUUGUUUUGUUGACAGGUUCUUCUGUGUUAUUUCACCAUAGUUUUACCACCAUUUCUAUUCUGCUGCUUGCAGAAUACCUAUUGGCACAAAUCCUGUAUGCUGCUUAAUUCCUUUCCAUUUCAUUCAUAUUCACCAGCAGUAACAUUUUUGUCAAACCUCACUGUUUAGAGAAGCAAUAAUGUAGUUCUAAAUUGUGCCCAUACAUAACUUAUGGCAGUGCCAGUACAGUGAAACAAGAUUACAUAAAAUUUUAUUGCUAUAUUACGGAUUGUAAAAAUAACACUACAGCAAUAGCAGAAAAGCAUAUCUGGUUUGCUGAGCGUACAAUAAGACUGAUUAACAAUGUGCAUAUUUAUUUUCAUUUAAAUAUAUGUACAAUGAUCAAAUGUAAGUUGCCAUUUGUGCUACAAAAUAACAAAUCAUCUUAGCAAUUGCUCCAGUAACAGUGUUUUACUGCUUGUACAUAUAAGAGUAACAGAGCAUACCUCCUAAUUCAGCUUCGUAAUUUAAUUGUACAAAUCUUCAAACAUUCAUAAUGCCAGAUGUUGUUGAUGACAUUUACAAGUAGACACUAUCUCAAGGUUUUGAAACAAAGACAUUCUUAUUAUCAACUUAACGAGACAAGGAAACAGUACAGUUGAGAAAGACACAGUAUGUACCCAAGUUGCUGUACAAAGAUGUCUAACAUUUGGUCCAAAGCAAACUAUGACUAGAAUGUUUUCUGCAAAAGCAUGUUACCAUUUUUUUCUGUUCAGAGGUUGCAAUAAUUUGUCUCUUUCAUGUCUUACUCUGCAUAGUUCUCUUUAAUUUACUCCUGAGAGAAGACUUUUGUUUAUAAAACACUUGAGGCUUAGUGCCUACUAUUGAAGCUAGACCUUGUUUCAGUGUUGGUCAGUACAGGUGUUCUCAUCCAUUUCCAGGCAUAUUUGAAGUAUUUUUUGUUUUGUUUUAGUUUUGUCUUAAGAUUAUACAGUAAGAAGGAAUAAAAUCACAUUAAGGAUAGAUGCAACAGUUGUAAUCAUCUGUCUUUAAUGUAGCAUUUAAAUUUCAUUUUUGUCUUUUUUUUAACUUUUUUCACGUUUUAUAUAAUGAUAAUUAUUUUAUCAUAAAAGGAGGGUAGAGCUACUGAACAGCACCAGUUUGAUAACCAAUAUUUAAUAAACACGAAGAGCAAUUUUUUAUAUAUCUUUUAUGUGGUUCCCCCUUCCUUAUGUACCUGAUCAUAUUACCUAAAUCAGCAGCUAUUUGGGUAUAAGAGCAUCGCAUCUAAAAAAAUUUUAAAAAACAUUAAAAAAUUAAAAAAGUAUGAAAAAUGUAAUGUUGCAGAUAAUGAGAAAGAGCUGUGAAUUAAUAACAUUUGCACCAUCACUUAUGUGUGCUUCUCAGUUUUUAUUAUGCAAGAUAUCACUGUAAAUAAUGAAUGUUUCUGCAAGUGCAAAUAUGGCAACAGAAAUGGUGAAAAUCUUGAACUGCUGAUGAUGUCCAUAAUACACCAAUUUUACAUGUAAUACUCUUUUGUACAAAAAGUACCAAAAUAAAAAAGUCUA